AUGGCGGAUGACUUUGAGCGCGCGGUUUUGUUCUCGUUUCAGCAAAACACCCCUUCUUCUUCUUCUUCUAACUAUAAUAAUAAUGAGGAAAGAACGAGCGCGUUACAACAGCUGGAGCAAUUCGUGCUCUCGCCAGACGCUUGGAAAGUGUGCGCGGAACGGUUUGAAACGUCCUCUUCGUCCGAGGUAAAGUUUUGGUGCUUGCAAACGCUCGCGAAGAAGCUCAGCGAAGAGUUUUUCAACGAAGAGGAACAUUUCGGCAGCGCUCUGCCGUCCUCACCUGCUUCUCCUCCUUCCUCUUCUUUGAAAUUUUCCCACGAAGAUAGACAGAUGCUUCGGAAUACUAUUGAAAAGUACGUGUCUGCGUUUCAAUGCCAACGAGUAAACGACGUGUUUCCGAUGUUCAUCCAAAAUAAACUCGCCGAAUGCGUCGCGCACGCCAUCGCUUCAGAAGGGCCGGCGAAACGUUGGCCAAACUUUUUCGAGAACUCUGCGGGUAUCCUCGUGAAUACCAACUCGGGGGGUGAUGAUACCAAUACCAGCGAUAAUGAAGACAAGAAGACUCGCGCUGCAUUCUUUUUGAGAAUAUUAGAUUGCUUGGACGCGGACGUGAUAAACUCGACCGACGCUUUGAGAAAAGGCGCCUUAUACGUGCGCAAAUCUGGUCGCGUAAAGGAUUACAUGAGAGAAAGCAACAUCGUUUCCUUUUUGUUCGAUACUUUUUUGAACAUGGCGAAUAGCUUUUCGAGCGACGCAAAAGUUUUGUCUCAGAUUUUAAUCGUCGCGAGUAAGUACGUCGAUUGGGUGGACGUGAACAUAAUCGCCUCCGAUGGAUUCAUGUCCUUCGUGUCGGCGUGCUCGGGACAUACGAACGAAGACUUGCGAGCGGCGUCUUGCUUAUAUCUUACCUCGCUCAUCGAUAAAGGCAUGGAUGCUGAUAAAAAAUUCAUGUUAAUCACGCGAUUUAAUCUGGUCGAAGCAUGUUCCUCUCUCGUCGCGGCGUCGUUUCGCGAUGACGACGAGCAAUUCGCGAUGAAAUCUUUACAACUCUUGCAAACGCUAGGAAACGAGCUGCUGAACAUGCUCAAUGCCAUUUCGCCGAUCGCGAUCAACUCAAAGGGUGGUAAAAUGUCGGUAAAAGAGCGAUCGAUGGAUUGUUUGAGAACGCCAGAAUCCGAACAGCUGUGUAAUUUGCUCUUGGUCUUAGCCACGCAAGCGGCAAUGUAUGGAAUCCCGUCCAAACACGAAUCUGCGGUUUCAGCCUCCGGCCAGUUUCUCAUCCAGUACUCGAACAGAAUGAAGAAUGAUAGCUACACUUUGGCAUUAUCAAUACCGAUGGUUCAAGAGACGCUAUUGAAGAACAUUAUCGAUCGUUCCUCCUUCGAGUUUGUGAAUGAUUUUGGCGCAGACUUUGCGAAUGGCUCAGAUCCAUACGUCAUCGAGUUGGAGUGCGACGUUUUUGCCUUGAGGCACGAGUUGAUGGUGUUGUUUAGGAAUAUUUCGCGGGCCGCACCGGAAAUAGUGUUGAGAGCGACGCAAGCAGCAAUAGAGAGCGCGUUCAACACCAGUAGUAUCAUUAAUAACGAUAAUAAUAAUAGUAGUGGAGGGGGUGGUGAAGUAUUUUGGUACCGCGUCGAGGCGGCGCUUUCGGCACUGUAUAAUCUGGGCGAGAGCUCUGGAUUCACCGACGCGGUGGUAAAUUUCGCCAUGAAGACGAAUCCGAACAACGCCAAAGACAAAAAUAAAAGCAUCGAACCUCCGCAAAGUAACAACACCGGGAGCGCUCCACAAGAACACCUCGAGCUCACGUCUCUAGUUUUAUCCUUGGUUCUGAAAUGGGACGAGUGUUCUAAAAGCGCCGCGUAUCACCGCAUCGUUUCGAUGUCAUACAUGGAGUUAUGCGUGAGAUAUCACAACAUGAUUGAACAAAAUGCAGAAGCUUUGCAUCUUGUUUUAAGAGCAUUUUUGGAUGAGCGAGGAAUGCGACAUCCCGAUUCAAACGUAUCAUCUCGAGCGUGUUACUUGUUUAUGCGAAUGGUGAAACCUGUUCGUUCGCAUCUCGCGGACAAGUUGGACGAUAUUUUCACUGCGUUAGAGAAGCCCCUAUCGGAUGCGGCUGCACCGUUAUCGUCGAAGAUGCUCGAAGCUAUUCAAGCUAAGGUUGCACAACUCGCUUCUAAUUUGAGCAUUGGGACUCGCGCGCAAGCCGAAGAAGGUAACGACGACCGCUUGUACGUGUUCGAAGCGGCCGGCUCCAUAUUAGGUGCGGAAGAAGUGCCCGAGGACAAGCAGUGCGAGCGUUUAAUGCAAGUUUGCCAGGUUUUAUGUGGAAGAAUCGUUGAAUUUGUCAAUAUUACGGAUGCAGAGAACGGUGCGUUGGCGUCACAAAAUGCCAUGCGAUGCGUCGUAGCUUUGAGCAACUUAUCAAAAGGUUUCAGCGCAAGAAUUUGCGUGCAGUUGCGUCCCAAAGUGGGUGAAAUUUUUCGAUCCGCGAUGGAAGUGACGAUAUCGUGUCUAAAGAGAUGGCCGAGCGAAAAGGGCGUGCGCCAUCGCGUCGUUGGUUACUUACACCAGAUGGUGCAAAUCUUGAACGAAACAAUUGUGCCGUACUUACCAGAUGCCGUCGAUUCGCUACGAAGUAACGGGACAAAUUCCAAGGAGUUGGGUGAGACGUUAGUUCUCAUAAAUCAACUCUCGAAUACGUUCAAAGAGGCACUAUUGCCGAUGAUUGCGCCGUUGUUCUUACCGCUGCGAUUGCAGGUUCACGAAAACAUUCGGGCGGGGUUUUCUCAGUCGGCAAGUUCUGACGAGUUUACGAGAGAGUCGCACGAACUCGAGCGGAGCUGGAUUCAAACCGUGAACACGUUUGCGUUGACGUCGCUUCUUUCGCCGUUGCUCGCGGCGAACGCAGAGGCUAGGGAUUUAUGCUUAGCAGAGCUGGUAGAAAAUGCAAAAACGCAUAGUUCCAUUUCAAUACGGAAAUUGUGUUUACAAGCGUUAAAGCACAUCACGACCGAUUGGUUGGUGGGCAACGAUAACACUGGUGGAAAUCCUCAAAUUGGAGGUGAAUUCUCGAAUUUUGCCGCGCAGAAGAUUGGCGUCGAAUGUUGCCUUGUCGCGCCUUUGUUCGAUUAUAACUUUGCCGACGCCGGAGCGGUGUCAGCGGUAAACGAAUGCUUCGCGAUCCAACGCGUGUUAUUUCAAAGAAUUGGCCAACCGUUCGCGGAAUUGCUCGCCAAGAGCGUUUUACCGAAUUUGUUGAGUGCGAAAGUCGACCCGGUGGGGAUAGAAAAUUGCGCGCAAGCUUACGUUAAUUUGUUGCAGGCGGAGUCCGUGAAACCGAAAGAUAUUCGCCUUUUAUUGGGCGAAAUCGCGCAGCAAGCGACGUUUCCAGACGGUUUCGUUCAUUCGCCGUGUACUAAGUCUUGA